AAAGGGGGCGGGGGGACUCGACUUGUUGUGUUGCUGCUCGAGAGCCGGAUACAGUCGUUCUGCGGCCGUGCCGCUUCCAGUCUCCAGACCAUGUCUCACUUAGUCGAGCCGCCGCCGCCCUUGCACAACAACAACAACAACUGCGAGGAAGGGGAGCAGCCCCUGCCGCCGCCCGCUGGCCUCAACAGUUCCUGGGUGGAGCUACCCAUGAACAGCAGCAAUGACAAUGAUAAUGGAAAUGGGAAGAAUGGGGGGCUGGAGCACGUUCCCUCUUCCUCUUCCAUCCACAAUGGAGACAUGGAGAAGAUCCUUCUGGAUGCACAGCAUGAGUCUGGACAGAGCAGCUCAAGAGGCAGUUCUCACUGUGACAGCCCUUCACCACAAGAAGAUGGGCAGAUCAUGUUUGAUGUUGAGAUGCACACCAGCAGGGACCACAGCUCUCAGUCAGAAGAAGAAGUUGUAGACGGAGAAAAAGAAGUUGAGGCUUUGAAGAAAAGUGCCGACUGGGUAUCAGACUGGUCCAGUAGACCUGAGAACAUUCCACCCAAAGAGUUCCAUUUCAGACACCCUAAACGUGCUGCAUCUCUAAGCAUGAGGAAGAGUGGAGCCAUGAAGAAAGGGGGCAUUUUUUCUGCAGAGUUCCUAAAGGUCUUCAUCCCGUCUCUCUUCCUUUCUCAUGUGUUGGCUCUGGGGCUGGGAUGGUAAAACACACCAUUGUGGAGCAUGAUUCUGGAAUACACUGCAUCUAUAUUGGAAAACGACUGAGCACACCUUCUGCCAGCACCUACUGAGGGAGACGAAAAGCCCCUGGAAAUUCGUGUGGCCUGUGAAGUGGUGUAUUGUAGUUUGAAUUUGAGACCUAUUGUAAGCAUGAUCCCCACCUACAACAACCCUAUUUUUACAUACCCAAAUCCAGUAACUCUCAAAUCCAGUAUUUUACUCAAACUCUGUUGGGGCAUUUUACUAACCUUGUUCCCUUUUUGGCCUGUAAGACACUUUAGAGAUU